AUCAGACUUGGAGGCGGCGAAAUCAUCUGCGGAAAGCAUCAAUGAUCCCAAUCUCGUCACCUGGGAUGGACCGCAAGACCCAGAAAACCCAAAGAAUUGGCCGAGCAAGAUCAAAUGGCGCUACACAGUAGCCGUGUCUCUCUUUACAUUCAUUUCCCCAGUUUCAUCGGCCAUGGUAGCGCCAGCUCUAUCCAAACUGGGCGAAGACCUCAACAUGAACAACAAACUAGAGAUGGAAUUGUCACUUUCUAUCUUUAUCCUCGCCUACGCAGUCGGUCCACUGUUCUUCGGGCCUGCAUCUGAGCUUUACGGCCGCGUCCGCCUACUACAGCUUAGCAAUAUAUGGUAUCUGGCAUGGAAUCUAGGUUGUGGAUUUGCGCAGAACCCGGCCGAGUUAUUUGUCUUUCGCUUCCUAGCUGGGAUCGGCGGAAGCGCUCCUCUUGCUCUGGGAGGAGGAGCUAUUAGUGACACAUGGAGCGCUGACGAACGCGGCAAGGCCAUGGGAAUCUACACUCUUGCACCGCUCCUGGGUCCGGUUGUUGGACCGAUUUCUGGGGGUUUCAUCGCCGAGUAUAGCACCUGGCGUUGGGUAUUCUGGUCAUCUAGCAUUGCGGCUGUGUUUAUCCAGGCUGUAGGCUUAAUAUGGCUCCGAGAGUCGCAUCCAGGUACCCUUUUAAGAAGGAAGCGAGAUCGUUUGGUGAAUGCUACAGGAAACCACAACCUGUAUACUGGAAAUAUUGAGCAGGAAAGUCUUGUAAGGAAAAUUGGCAAGGCCCUGGAACGACCAAUUCGUAUGUUCAUGACCCAGCCGAUCAUCACGGUCAUUGCCAUUUACAUGGCAUACCUCUUCGGGACUCUGUAUCUGAUGCUCGGCACCUUCCCGAGCAUUUGGACGGAAUGGUAUGGCGAGAGUGUGAGUAUUGGUGGGCUAAACUAUCUCUCUAUCGCUAUUGGUUCUUUCGCUGGUCUUAUACUCAACUUCUUCUUCAUCGACCGAAUUUACCGCAGCCUCAAGACGAAAAACAACGGUAUUGGUCGGCCAGAGUUCCGAAUGCCAACCAUGUUCAUCGGAUCGAUUAUGGUCUCCAUUGGCUUGUUCUGGUAUGGUUGGAGCGUACAGGCGCGCCUUCACUGGAUCAUGCCCAAUAUUGGUGUCGCCAUCUGCUCGGCAGGGACCAUGGGAUGUUUACAAGGCAUGCAGACGUACAUCGUGGACAGCUACCCGACCUACUCGGCCAGUGCCAUGGCUGCAUGUGCGCUUCUCCGCAGCUUGGCUGGUUUUGGAUUCCCUCUCUUCGCCCCAUAUCUGUAUAGUGACCUGGGUUAUGGAUGGGGGACUAGCGUUCUCGCCUUUAUCAGCAUUGGCGUGGGUAUUCCGGCGCCAUUUAUCUUUUGGUUUUUUGGAGAUAAGCUAAGAGCUAUGUCGAGAUAUGCUGCAAACUAA